AUGUCCAACACGGGACUCGGACAGCUGCCAUUAGGCUCAAGCGAAAUGCUAAGAAUCUACGUAAGUAGGCCACGAGUGAGGCCGCUACAUUGCAAAUCCCGAACAGUCAUGGCAGCGGAGCAGAAAGUCAGAGUGCCAGAGCAGCGUCACAGGCAAGAAUUGAUCCUGGACAUUGCCAUUUUCAUUGCAAACCAAAUGAUAUUUCGAUCUCUCGAUUGCACAAACGCCUCCACCUGUGCCAUCCCCGCAGUGGUAACAGCUGCUCGCGUCUUCUUUGUCGCUUGCAACACACUACUGCUGGUGGCCUUCUCUGGUCAGUUGAAAACUGCUCGCUCUUUGCCCCAGAACCCUGCAGUUUUGCAGGAUAUUGAAGCUAUGCAGAAGCGGCGGAAGAAGGCCGUGUUGAAGUUUGUCAUCCUUUUGAUGAUUCACGUCACUUUCGGGCUUGUUGCACCUUUGGUCACCAGCUGCUGCAUCAGCAUCGUAGCGCUUCCGUAUUGGUGGGACAAGGAGAACUCAUACUGGCGGAAGUAUGGAGGAGGGCGAAAUAGCCCAUGA